AUGCGUUUCCCGGUAUACUCAUUCCCAUGGAAGGGCGCGCUCGCCGCAGCUUCGCCAAAUGUGUGUCCAGCGGUACGCGCUCCCUCUCAACGGUUUUCUCGACCCCUGCCAACCCAACCCUCACCGCGCCUUCGCGAUUGGUUCGGUUUCGGGGAGGAUUCUCGCCAAACCGAUUUUCCUUCCGUGACAAAAUACCAAGCAACGUUUUUUCCCCGUGUGUUGUCCCUUACUCUUGCCCACCCAAAAGCCGCAUACCGUGGACAGUGUGGAAUUGUCCUUUUCCUCUCCCACACCGUUUCCAGUAGUCUCAGCGUCCCCGUGAUUCGUGUCACCCUGGUCUGCCGCACAGAACCAGACCCCGCGCAAUCGCAUACCAUGGGUAACGCGGCGUCCCACGAGGAGCGCGGCACGAGUGUCUCCACGACGACGCCCGUCAACACCCCGACCAAUGCCACAACGCACACGCUCAAUACUGCCGACGAAGAGACCCAGUCUUCCUAUUUCGACUACACCUACAGCAGUCACACAAAUGACGCGAGUCUGGGAACCGAACCCGUCUCGACGACGGAAAUUAACAACUUGGACACGUGGACUACGGGGACCGUCUGGCCUCCGAAAAGUUUGCACGACGACGACGAACUCACCGCCAUGACGGACAUGGCCCGGGUUGACGACCAUGACGAUGCUAUGGAUCAUGAAAGGCAAGCACAGCGACGACGACGGCCCGUGCGCAUGUUUGCACAUACCAUAGAUACGACGCCAAGCGACGACGAUGAUCCGGAACACGACGGUAGCGGAUACCGAGACGAGGUCGAACUUGUCCACGAGCAAUCGUUGGCGAUCGAAUCGGACACUAGUAACGAAGAUGCAGGAUACUACGGGGAAGAAGGAACGGAGGAUACGGGCGAUGAAAACGAUGACGACAGUGAAUCGGGAGGGCCAGUUACGGUGAUUGUCCAAGUUCCCGUGCACACGGACGACGAUGAAACGCAUUCCGCCAGAGCGGGACGGGAGACUGUGGCGGCGGCCAGCGGUACUACGGGGAGCACCGCGGUGCCGUCGGGCGAACAUCUUGCGGAUAUUACCACAUGGAUUCCACACGAAAAUACCAAACUGCCGAACGGGACAAUGACGGAGGCAGCCUCUGGAAGAGUUGUCGAACAAACCACAAUCUAUACAGCAAGAGUCCAAACUGAAUCAUCACCACCAGAGGCAAUGACCGCCGUAGAAAUAGUCACAAGUGACGCAGCCGGCCCCGAUUUCUCUACGCUCGCCGGACCAGAAGUGUGUGAUACAGUCAAUCCUCAUUCUGCCGUCGAGUCAACGAAGGAGUCCCACGAUUUAGCCCGGGUAGAUGCCAGUUUCGACAGCACAAUCGAAGUCGAGUUUCGAAAAAUCAUUUCCACGGAAUCCACCACUUCACGUCCAGAGAGUUGGCAAUCACCGCACAAAACCACCGCGUCGGCAACAUCACCUGAAUCUUCAUCCCCACAGCAUGUCGUUACCUUUAAGGAUACUGAGCAUUCAGUCGCAGAUACAGAGCUCCAGUUUGUGUCCGAUUCGGAUGGUGAAGAGAUCGAUCUGAUUUUCGUCGAAAAGUACGAGGACGCUUUUGCGACGUUUCUGGAGCACUAUCCCGAACUGGCAAAGAAGAAUCCGGAGCUCAUGGAGAAUCUUCGAGUUGCGAAACUCCAACGACUGCUUGAGAUCACACUAGAAGCGGAAAACGCUCUUGUAGCCCAACUCCGGGCGGCUGAGGAGGAAAAACGAAUCAUGGCAACCUCGUAUCACGUUCGAUUGAUUGAAGCCUCCCGCCUCAAGGCUGCUCGGGAAAUUCAAUUGCAGCAGGAAGUGAGGGAUAUACAGGAAGCCGCACGCGUUCUAGAAGGUAAAAUGAAUUGGCAAGUGGUUUCCAAGAAUGAGUCUCGCGUCAAAAAACAUCAGCUGCUUGUGAAACAGUUUCAGGAACCAGUCGAGCCGAGCAACUUGAUUGUGACUCUUCCGGACUUUCCAGAAACCCAAGCUGUCCGCGACGCCGUGGCGGCGCCUCCAGGAACCUACUUGUCGGAAGCGAAAGAAAGCGACUUGCGUCAAUUUCAAGUUGACAACGCCUUUCUGACCUCUGAAGUUACCGUUCUGGAGCGCAAACUGGCCAACCAGCUCGUUGCUGUCAAGAAACAUGCAUGGGUAGAUUCAGUCUUGCUGCAGAUGGACGGCAAACAAAUGAAACGACUGAAGCAUCGUUAUCAAAAGAAACUGGGAACUGCGUUUUAGCUGUGUGGCUUUAUGUUAGUCCGUCCUUACUUUUCACAUAGAGUUCAAAUUUGUUGGGUACGACACCCUUC